AUGCAUGCAACAUUUGGGAACAUGUGGAACCUGAUGAUUCAACUUUGUUUAAACUGCCUGAAGAUGACAUUGAUGCUGCCGCUGCACUGGAAUGCAAUGUGCCACCAACGGAUGCUGAAGAGGUUGGACGUGAGACGAUGUUGUACAAAUACAUUUGUCACUUGAGGGACUCUGGAGCAGGCUCGACAACGCCGUCACAGCUUGUGGAGGCCAUGAGGUUUGCUGACAACUUGAUGGGCUUUACGCAGGUGCGGUUGCAAGAUAUGCUAAGCGCGCGGGUUACUGGGGCUGCUCACUCAAUUUUCAUGACGAAACGCAUCAGAAAACCUGCAGAAGUUUUGACAGUGACUGAAAUUUCAGAACUGGAGCGCAUUUGCUUAAAUGAUGAUGCACUGCACCGGAGAGUCAUAGCGGGUCACCUCUUGUUUAGCUUUGCCGCCGCCGCACGUUGGCAUGACUCAAUGUAUGUUGUUGCACUGGAGUCUUCAGAAGCUGGUGACAUCUUUCUCUUGGAGGCCUUGACGUCGAAACACAAGUCUUCCAGAGGCAAGGAGCAACAGAUGGAGCUGCUGCCUUUCACUGCCUUGGGAAAGAUUACAUGUGAUGAAUGUUGGGGACAAAGUUGGAUGGAUGCCAGACAAGAGAGCCAUGCAAGCACCUGGAAUGAAUUUUUGUGCUCGUGGUCAGAGAGCGCACACCUUUGGGUGGAAUCAAGGAUGUCGACUGCUGAGGCAACUGGAUGGUUGAGAGAGUUGCUUGAACCACAUGCUGGUCCGGAUCGCGCACGAAAGCUGACGGUUCAUGGCCUCAAGGCAACUCUACUCAGCUGGGCUGCCAAAAGCACGUUGUUCAGUGCCGAUGAACAAUUGGCCUUGGGACACCAUGUACAUGCCCAAUACCGUUCAGCCAUGAUUUAUUCCAGAGACAACCAAAUUGGCCUUUGCAAGAAGCUCCAUGACAUGUUUGGUAAAAUCAGGGACGGCUUGUUUGACCCUGAUGCAACACGUGUCAGCCGCCUUUUCCAGCUGGCCUACGCAACGAUGCUUGAGAAUCGAGGUGAUGAAAGUGACAGCGAUGCUACAACUGAUUCAGAUGCAUCUUCAGUUGCAUCGUCGGAUGGUGAACACAAUGACAUUGCCCAAAAGCCUGGCUAUAAACGCUUGGACGCUGAUGACCUAGAAGUGGAGUUGUGUCUCAUCAACAACAAUUCCAAAGUGAUCCACUUGCUGGUCAGCGAAGAUGAGAAAUUUUGGUGUGGGCGACAUGCAUCUGCUUCCUUCCGCCGAGCUGAAGUGGACGAUCUUGCAGCAACGGAAGCGGUGAUUUGUGCAAACUGUUCACAAGCGUACAGAGUGGCCUUUCAAAACAGGGCAGUGGAGCUUGGAAUUGCCCAGGCAGAUGUGGAAGCGCUGUCAGAUAGCGGCAUCAACAGCUAUGCAACCUAUGCCUAUUGUUGUACGUUUCAACCUGGUCAAACAGAUGACACCGCCUUGACAACCUUUUUAGCUACAGUUUUGGGAAACACUCCUGAUGCAGCCGCUACAACAAGGCGUUCACUCGCCUAUGAUUUGUCAGGCAUUGCAACUUUCUCUGUGCUGGAUUUGUGGACUCAGAAGUUGUUCGAAAAGAUGAACGAGGCCCCAAUAGCCAACUAUAGGCACAUCAGCGUGGAGCAAGUGAUCAACGCUGACAAAGCGCUAUGGGUGAAGGUUUCAAACGAAACGCGUGGAAAACUUCAGCCGAAGACCGGCGCUGAGAAGCCUUUUGACGUUGCGUUCAUAAAGUUUUCAGAGCAUGCUGAAGUUUUGCAGCACCUUAGCCCUCUUCAAGGUCAUGGGGGCUAUGCACAUGAUCGUGCUCAAACGUCCCCUGCCUGCUGCCCACAAAAUCAUGUCCACGCGUCCUGGCAGCCUUUUAGAACUGAGCAAGGCAUAGCUUUUCCCACGGCGGCAGAAGCAGAAUACCCUGGUUUGUUGUGCGACAGAAUGGCUCACUGCGUUUUGCAAAUGGCCAAAAAGCUUGGAGUCACACCACAAAUUCAGCCGCGCCUGAAAGACUUGCUGAAACUCAACAUGGGACAGCAAACUGUGCGUCACCCGCCGUUGAUUCCUGAAUACAAAACCUUCGUUUUCUCUGAGUCUCCGUCGCCUGACCCAGCUUACAAAUUACUAGCUGCUCCUCUCCAACAGGGGGCAGAAAGUACUGAGCAGCUCGAGCACCAGGAAACACCGCGCAAACGGUCCAGAAGAACCUUUAAGUAUGGCGUUCGGCAUAGUCCAGAGGAAUUUCUGCACAAGGCAACCGGGGUUCAACACCCCAUGGACUGUGAGUCAGUUUCGCAUCCCAUUACAAUCGAGGCCAUAGAUAAGGUGGUCAACACAUGCCCCACCAAGUUGGCGAAGGACAGGUUGACAGCCGUCUUCAAGAUCCGUAAAAUGUCUGCCGAGUUAAGCCAAAAAGAGCGUGACUUGAAGGCCACGAUGCACCCGGAUGUCAGAAGAUGUGUGCAAACCAAAAACGUUUCUUUGUUUGAAUGCCUCCUUUUGCAAUUGGGAUACUGGGACUUGGAUGUGGUCAACCUCUUGAAGCAUGGUGUACCUCCCGUAGGACUUCAACCUGCGCCUGAAGGUUAUCAAAAACAGAUGGUGCCCGCUAGCAUGACAGAGGAUGAACUCACCAGAACUGCAAAGUGGCGCCGCCAAGCCAUCAUGACUAGCUCUAGGCGCGUGAAUCCAUCGGAAGAGAAAGCCUUGCUCGAGGCCACAACAGAAGAAGUCCAGCGGGGGUUCCUUCAGGGGCCGUAUACAGAAGAUGAGAUGACAGUGCUCAUUGGUUCUGAGGAUUGGACUCUAAAUCCCAGGUUCGUUCUCUUUCAAGGAGCCAACAAUAAGGUGCGCGUUAUCGACGAUGCAAAACAAGGUGCAGUCAAUGCCGCAUAUUCUUCAACCGUCAAACUACAACUGCAAGAUGUGGAUUACGCAGCAGCUAUGGUCAUGGAAAUAAUGCGGAUGUCUGCAGGGACGAACGCGCAGCUGCAGGAGUGGCAUGGAAAGACGUUCGAUCUGAGCAAGCUUACAAACAGCUGGCAGUGUUACCUGAUCAUCAGGAGGGAGACAAGGCAACUAGCUUUGCCCCGACCUUCGACCUUUUGGGCGUGA